UGCAUGAGAGGUUCCUUUCCUUUCCAAAUAGAGUGUUGGACUGAUCCAGCAGGGCUCUUCCUAUGUUCUUAAGGAUGUAGCUGGAAUAUUAGCUUAAACUGAUAAAAGGUGGUCAGUGCUGGAUCCAAGAGCACCCCCAAACUAUGAACUUGAUCCUUUAGCAGGGAGUGCAAACUCCUCCCAAAUGGGUUGAAUUUCACUUAGGCAGAUGAACCACCUACUAACAGUAUCUCCAUCUUGUCUGGAUUGCGUUUCAGAUAUACAUCAAGCACAUAGGCAGUAACAAAUGCAAGACCAUUUUUGUCAGUUCAGAUUAGCACCCAUCAAAUAGGUUAGGGCCCAUUCACUUCUGAAUAUAUAGGACAGUCUUUCCUGCGACGUCCCUCUGAGUUUUGUAUCCCGGCAUAUAACGUGUUUCUCCUAUAAAGAAGACAGCGUUGCACUGGAAUUUGCUCAAGGUCUUCACAUGGACUAAUCUUCACGAAGGUUGCAAUAAUGCUGUGCAGCGGCUUUUCUGCAGUGUCUUCAUGGCCAUUUGCUUAGCCUUUUGUAGCCAGGAAGGAUGUGGCAACGCUAGUCACAGCUGAAAAUGCUGCCUAAUGAAGAGACGGUUGUGUAACAGAUAACAGCAGCCUUCACCCCAGAUACGUUGGGCUGCAAUUCCCAUCACUCCCAGGCCAAGUGGUGAGCGGAGACCUCACUUGAAUCUCAUGGUUUGCUUUUUGCUGUGUCAUCUUCUUUCAACCGAACCUACCUUGCAGGGCUGUUGUGACAUGAAGUAGAUAGUCCCAGUGCACCCUUGUUAUGUGGCCAUCCACCCUGAGGAGACUGCUGUGGAGUUUGGAGGUUCCGUGAAUCUGAACUGCACCUUUUCGUGUACUAAUUACACGAACAUGAAAUGGGAGGCGCCUCUUAAACAUGUGAACUUGAAAGGAGUCGGAUGGAUUUCUCUGAGCAUCGCCAGUGUGACUGAAUGGUCACUUGAACCUAUAUGUGAAGUUAAAGGAGAGUCUAUGCAGCAUUUGGCCAAGGCAGUAACCUAUGUCUACCAAUUCUCAACUCCAGAUAUCUACCUGGCAUCUGAGGUUGUGGAUGGUCGCUCGCAGAGCAUCACUUGCAACGUCUCUAGCUUGAGAGUGGGAGACUCCAUCCCACCUAACAUAAACAUCUCCCUGACCAGAGGUGGUAAGAUCCUGAACAGCACCCAUGGCUACCCAUCGGCAGCAUACAGCUUUGUGGCUAAUUUUCAGCAGGAUGAUGGGUCUGAGAUCCUCUGUAUGGCCUCUGUCCAGGUGGGCUCAGAAGUGCUGGAAAAAAGUGUAAACAGAACCUUGAGGAUUGUGGCCAGUCCUUACAAUGUCAGCGUCUCAACAAAAGUCAGGACAUACAAAGCUGGUGCGCACAUUGUGGUGACAUGUAACGCCAAAGGAAAGCCCUCUCCGGAGUUUUCGUGGGAUCUCCCCUGCAAAGAUGGUGUGGAGUUUUCGGACAACAGCAAGACUGUAACAAUCCGUUCAGCGGAAAGCUUCCAUAACGGGACGUAUCGAUGUCUAGCCCAUAAUCGUUAUGGCAAGAGUUUGGCAGAGGUUGACAUCCUUUUUGAAGAUAAGUCCCGCAGCUGGAUUACAGCCUUGGUGGUGGUGUCUUUGCUGGCCGUCGUCUUCAUUGCUGGCCUCUUCUGGUACCACUGCAGAAAAUGAGGAGGGAAAGAGGGCAGGCCUGGAACUGCUUUGUGAUACUGAAGGCCGAGAUUGCUGCAGAUUCCUCUCCUGAAAAUCCACAGCAGAAGCAGUGAUGAGCAGCCAUCGUUUCUGCGGUUCAGAACGCUACACUGAAGCAGGUGGCAAGAACUGGACAGCAUCCUUGGAGCACCUGAUCUCCAUUCAUCUGCUGCUACCUUGCGACAAAGAAAGCCUGUUCCUCUGAGCAACGCGGCGCCUUUACAGCAGCUGGAGUGUCGACCAAGCCAAAGCUAGAGGACUGACAGAGACAAAGC